UGCAGAGAUUUGAGAGAUUGUGGGGUCCCUGUCUGCCUCCUUGGUUCUCUCCUCUUGCCUAUAAAAGCAUGAAAUAUAUGUUUCCACCACUGUUGUUUUCGCGCGCAAUUGCCUGCAGCAGGUGUCAAGGACUACAUCGAUCCAUUCAUUGAGGAUAGUGACAACGUUGAAGUAGAAAUGGCUGAAUCGAUGCUCAUCUUGAGAAUGUGUUCCAUAAUGCUGGUCCUUGGUUUUUCAGAGGCCAAAAUGGAAAUCAUCACCAGCAAAACAGAUUUGUUGCUGGGUGAGAAUGCCAUGCUCCUCUGCAAAGCUGGUGGGGAAGGAGACAUCACCUGGCAGAAAGAUGGAGAGGAUGCUGAAGAAGACCAGAUUGAGAAAGUGGAUGAGACAUCGUCAAAACUGUUAAUCAGGAAUGCCAAGAUGGAGGAUGCAGGACGGUACACAUGCUUAUGUGAUUUUGACACCGGUCACAGAGAUCAAACAUCUUAUACCAUCUUUGUCUAUGAGCGGCCAUCCUUCGGGGAAACACUGGCCUACCAUGAGUUCCUGGAGGGUCAAGAUGUGGUCAUCACCUGCAUGGUCACUGGCAAGCCGGUGGUGGAAGUCAACUGGGAGAGGGACCAUGAGAAACUGCACUCUGAAGCAGGUCGGAUCACAAGACUAAAAGACAACUCUCUACAGAUCAACAACAUCAACAGGAAGGAUCGAGGAACAUAUACAUGUGAGGCUAAAAUCAAGGACCGGCCCAUUUUCGAAAAGCUCGACAUCUCCGUCUCCGUCAACGUUCCUCCCACAGCGAAGAUCCAUGAGGAGGUGAAGAAAGUCACGGCCGGACCAGAGACAAAUGUCUCCCUCAGCUGCCUGGUCGAGGGAGUCCCCCAACCGAACAUCAUCUGGACAGUCCCAGACUCUUCAGAUGAGUCCCGCUACAAGUACAACUCAGACAAGAGCGAGCUCAUUAUCUCGUCCGUUGUCAGGAGCGACUACGGAGAGUACAUCUGCACGGCCAAGAAUAAGAUCUCAGAGAGCAGUGCCAUGAUCAUGCUGGAUGUCUCAGAGCAUCCUGUAGCAGUGCUGAGCCAGGAGAAGAUGGAGCUGGAGCCAGGCCAGACUCUCUCAGUGUCCUGUAACGUCUCAGGACACCCUAUGCCCGCGCUGCAGUGGGUCAGGAAGACCAACAAUGACCACCUGCUAACAGUGGACACUGGUGGAGGUCGAGUGAGAAUGGAGGAUGGCUAUGUCCUGGUCGUUGACAAUGUGACGUCCUCAGAUGGAGGGCUGUACAGCUGCAUGGCUAUCAGUCCUGCUGGCAACGCCUCCACAGACUUCAGCCUGCAGACCUGGCCAGGUAAAGCAUCCCAGGUAAGUGGCACCCCAGGGCCCACAUCGGUCCACUUCACCGUGGGGGCUUCCAUGGUGGACGGGGGCUCUCCCAUCACCCACUUCACCCUCCAGUGGAAGACAGGACGUGAGAACAAUUGGCAGGAGAGAGUCAUCCAGUCCACAGACCCCCUGGUUAUCAAAGAUCUGAAUCCCUACACCACCUACUCUGUCCGGUUUGCCCCACAGAAUCACCUGGGUCAGGGAGGCUUCUCCGAAGAGAUCACCGUCCGCACACAGGGCAUACGAGGGGAACCAGACAGCCCGGACCUGGUGGCCAGCGAAGGGAAGGUUGAGGGCAAUAUGUUCUCAAUCCCUUUAACACAGUUGGACAGCGGAGGCUCCCCCAUUACCCACUACACCGUCCGCUACAGAGUGAAUAAGGUGGACGAGGACUGGAGGGAGAAGGACCUGCCGUCCAACUCGACAGUGAUCAACCUCCAUGACCUGCAGUUUAAAUCAGACUACCAGGUGGAGGUGCUCGCCGUCAACCCCUACGGCUCCUCCAGCCCCGCCAAGUUGAACUUCAAUGUCCCACAGCCUGCCAAGAUGAAUAAGGGUGGGAUGGGGAAAGGGGCUGUGGCAGGCAUUGUCAUAGCCAUCUUCUUGGCGCUAUUGAUCGCUGUGGACGCCACCUGUUGCUAUACCAACCGCUGCGGCAUGCUGAUGUUCCUGGCUGUCAAGCUGUUUGGGCAGAAGGUCCCUGGGAUGAAGACUGUGGAGGAGGGUGACGGCACCUCUAAUGGAGACUUGAAGUUGAAUGGGCUAGGACUACCGAGGGAUAGCAUCCCAAAUCUGCAGACCCAAAAUGGGGAAAAGAAUGGGUUGCAGGCGGAGGUCACGUGCGACAAAGCGCCCCUCACCAAAUUCGAGAAGGCGUCCCCCAAUGGAGAUCCUGCCACUGAGGCCUGAGUUACUGAACAGGAAGUGACAUCCUAGUAUCUGAAGAAUGGAACCUGUAAAUGUCAAAGUAGAAAGAAGGAAGUAUUGUGAGUUGAGGGGUCUUAGUUAAAUGUUUUUGGAGAGUUCCCAGGACAGUCCAUGUUGUGAAAGGAUAAGGAUUAGGAAAGUUAUCUGUGAAUUGUAAAGUCUAACAUUGACAGAUUGUUGUAAUUUCAUCCAGCCUUGUGUAAUCUCAUAUUAAGUGUUACAUUUCCUUGCUUUUAUGUUUCAGUACAUUCAUGUUAUAUUUCAGUACAUUCGUGUUAUAUUUCAGUACAUUAAGGCGGCUGUAAAUUGUCAGGGAGACCUUCGUAGUUCAUUAAUUGAAUCAUAACUCGUUAUUUAUUGAAGUCUAUAUUCACUUUAAUCUGCAAAAAAAUCUGUAAGUGACAUAUCAUUAUUUAAUAAGGACAUUUUAUCCGAACAUAUUAACAAUAUACAGAAGGGCUGCCCAACCCUCUUACUGGAGAUCUGCUGUCCUGUAGGUUUUCAGUCCAACCCUAAUUUAGCAUAUCUUCAGCUAGUUAAGGUCUUGUUGAGCAGCUAAUUAGUAGAAUCAGGUGUGUUAAAUCAGGGUUGGACUGAACACCUACAGGACGGUAGAUCUCCAGGAAGAGGGUGGGCAACCCUGAUAUACAGUAUACCGCAUAAUCACAUUAACAAAUAACAACGUGUCAAAAUGACAUCUCUUCAAGUGUUAAUCAUGCGGAAUAUACAGAGCUCAUAUAUUACAGAGCUAUAUGAUGUGCUUAUUUUUAACCUAAUCUGUUGUUAAAUUGCAAAUUGCUCAUAUAAUAAUUUUAUGUUUGUAUUUGUUUAAUUAUCCACUUUCUUACAGUUUAUUUUGUACAUUGUACACUGUACAUUGUUUGUACAUACACAUACAGUAUAACAGCUAUGCAUUUUGCUAUUUAAAAAAAUGUGAAAUAAAAACAUGCUGUUUUUCA